GGUAUUUUUUUUUGACAAAAAAAUAGAAAAUGUUGGAAAGUGGUUGUGUUUUAAUCUCGUGAAUUUUAGUAUUUUAGAUUAAAUUAGAUAUAAAUUGUAUAAUUACUUUAUGGAAAUAGGUAAUUUAGGUACUUACAAUUUGUAUACUGAGUAAUCAUUUACCUAAAGCACAGGUUUAUUUUCUUAUAUUCGAGCGUGUGUGUAAUCUAUGAAUAUUGUGGUUGUUUGUGUUGGUGAGGAGAUGGACAAAUGGGUGAAAUGUGGAUAGUGUAUUGAAGCUCGGAAAAUUGCCGAUUAGAAGUCUAAAACCAAGUCCAAGUUUUAACGAGGUACAUUUCUGUUUGUAGAAUUCACCGAAAGGAAUAUCCAUAAUUUUAAAGUCUAGCUACAGCAAAAGGAACAGGCUACCUUCGUUUUGCUGUGCGGAACAUCUAGUAAGGAGAUUCAAGUUUAUAGUGUAGCUCAAUAAUUGUCCAAACUUUGGACUUAUUUCUUAGUAUCUCUUCAGCCUGGUGCCAGUAGAAGUUUAUUUCUCGAAUUGGGUCACCGGUGAAUCAAAAAAAUUGUAAAUUGUCGGAUAACGCUAGCCCACAAGAUGGCCGACUGUUAUUCGUAAGUAUGAGUUGUGGUUCUUUUAGAUAAUGUCCGGUGCAUCUGGUUCAUCAGGGAGCGGCACAGGACGGGGACGGGGUGGAGCAAAUUCUAACGGGGCUGUGGACAAUAAGCCUGAGUCAAAGGAAAAUAAACCUAACCCAAAAAUGUCAAAGGCACUAGGCACGUCGGCAAAGAGGAUUCAGAAGGAGUUAGCAGAGAUCACACUGGACCCACCCCCAAACUGUAGUGCUGGGCCUAAAGGAGAUAACUUAUAUGAAUGGGUAUCCACUAUCUUAGGGCCCCCUGGAUCGGUAUAUGAGGGUGGAGUGUUUUUCUUGGACAUACACUUCUCACCAGAAUAUCCAUUUAAACCUCCUAAGGUGACAUUCCGAACUAGGAUAUACCACUGUAAUAUCAACAGCCAGGGUGUGAUAUGUCUAGAUAUUCUGAAGGACAACUGGUCACCAGCACUGACAAUAUCUAAAGUCCUCCUUUCCAUAUGCUCACUGUUGACUGACUGCAAUCCUGCGGACCCAUUGGUGGGCAGUAUUGCGACACAAUACCUUCAGAAUAGAGAGGAGCACGAUCGCAUCGCGCGCCUCUGGACCAAGCGCUAUGCAACAUGAUUCUGUUGCCUCUGCCCACCACAAAAGGAACAACUACAAGUAUCAUACUCUUAUAACCAUUCUGUUCUAAAUCCAUCCUUCUCACGUAAAUAUAAGCUUACAAUAUUAUCAAAGUAUCCAACCACUAGUUUGCACAACUUGCAUCAUAUUCACACUCAUCAACUGUGGUAAUUUGUCUAAAACGCUUACCGAAUAUGCUGGAAGUUGUGCUAGUGUUUAUAUGGCUUACUAAUGUUUAGUUGCGAUCUAUGUGAUGUCAAGAAGCUUCAGAAGGUCUGACAUGUAAUUUUAAGACUAAAGAAUGUGUUAGUAUGAUAUAGAUGGUUUUCUGUUAAUAUUCUGUAUUUGUAUAAAUGCAGAAAUUGUAAUUUAAAAUAAUAUUAUUAACAAAUUAUACUAUAAGGUUGCGCCGAGUCACUGUUUUGCUAACAAACAAUUUUACUCAGUAUUGUGAUUUAGGUCACUAUAUAAUGAAAAUUCAUCAUUAAAUUCCUAAACUGACGAUUAAGUCAGUGACUCGACUUAACCAAUCAUAUGUUUUGUUAACAAUUUUUGUAACUUCUUAUUUACUUGGCUCAAGUCAAAACUCAAUAUUUAGUUAUUUUAGUAAUUAUAAUUUUUCUUUCCUCCAUACGUGUGAAAGAGCUAAUGAAUGAGUCAAAUGUGUACUGAAUUGAAUUUUGCUUGUAAGUCUACUAUAGAGAUACCAGUGAAUUGAGUCAAUUUGCCGCAAUAUGCGAUGAUCUCAAACACUUGCAAAUAGUAACAGAUAAGUGGUUUAAUGUAAUUGUCGUGACUUUCGAACCAUAUUAUAUGAAUUUGGGAAUAAAUCGCAUUGUGUAUAAAACUGUUUUUGAUUUCAGGGUAAAAGUUUUUAUUCAAUUAUAUUUUUUGGUCUCACUAUGGCAAGAUAGCCACAAAAUAGAAGCAACACGAAAUAGUUAUUUAUGUACAAUAUAUUCAUGUAUAAAAUAGGACUGGCUUACCUACUUGGCUUUGCCCUUUUUUCUCCAUUUGAGUACAUAUUCGUUAAAUACUUUCAUUUGAUUGCUAGGGCGGCCUCGAUGCAGGGAAAUUCAUAGCACUAAUAUACUAAUGAGUUUGCAAAUUCAUUUAGAUAAAAAACCCGUUGUAUAGAUAAUUCAAAUUUUGUGAGAAUGGUUACUGUUAUACAAUUGCAAUUUCAAUAUAAAAGUGUUUUUGCUUCAAAAGCCAACAUUAGAUAGUUUUCUAAUAAUUUCCUAUGUCUAGGUUGUAGAUAGUGAAUACGUUUGAAAUUUCAAAAUUGAUAUGAUUUUUGCUUAAUUUGCCGAAUUUUCAGUGCAAUAAGGAGGCGUUUCAGAACGGUUUUUACUAUCUACUACAUGGAAGACUACCAAGUUUACUAAUUAGAUUGGUCUAUAUAUAUUCUAAUCAAAAGCCUAUUUAUUUUUAUAGUGAAGAGCUUGUGAAUGUGUUAAUGCAUUGUGAUCUUGGUGUGGAUAUUUCUUACAUUCAUUUUAUAUUUCAUAGUCAAGUGACUUGACAAUAUAUUGGGGCCGUGAGAUGACGAACGAGUUUGUUUUAUAAAGAAACAUAUCAGGCUGUAAGUUCGCAAGAUUUAAACCUACCACACUUUACAAUCUGUCUGCAACAAUAUGCAGGUAUAUAAUACAAAGAUAUUUAAGGGUUUCCUUUUCUAUUGAAUAUUAAAUACGUGCGUUUCAUAUGUAAAUUGUUGCAGCGAGUUUAUAAAAUGAGUAGGCGCUUUUAGUGAUGGCAAUGGUCUGCAACCCCGACUCACGACUGCCCACAAAGUGCCAAACUUGGCCGCUCCACUCGAAAGUUACUCCUUUUAAAAUAUUCCGAUUAGAUUGUAAACAGUUAUUAGAUGUAAGUUAUUUUAUUGUCUAGGUAAUGUAUGUCUUAACCCUAAUAUUAGAAUUAGUAUUGUAAUGAUUUAGUGAAAAAAUGUAUGUCGCUCGUAUAUGAAUGUUUUGGUGAUACCGUUGUGAAUUUCGGAUAUUUUUGAUUACCGCGUUGGCGGUUUAGUGGUAAAACUGGUGCUGUGAGAUUCAGAUGCCUGCGACAUACGAGAAUUGAAUACUACGACUGUAUUCGGGACUGGAUAUAUUUUGUCAAUGUGAUUUUAAUUAUUUUUUACUGUGACUCAAAAUGUGUUGCUCGCAGACAACCUCUGUAUGUCGUGACUGAAGUUCCUCUUACUCGAUGUUCAUAAAUUUGGACUUACCCUUGUAAUCAUCCUUUGUUACAAUUAUAUCAUGGCAUAAAUAGGAAAAUAAAAUGUGUGUAACUAGGA